AUGGCUGAGGAUAAAAAGGAGAAAAAACAAAAGAAUAAAGGGAUCACCGUUAACCCUGCUGAAGUUGUUAAAGAUAAUCGCUAUUUUUCAGAUACGGAUAGUUCUAUACAAUCUCUAGGAGCUACUAAAUCGAUAUCUAGAGUUAAAAAUGAGCUUCAAACCGUCAUAGAUUUAAUGGGACCUACUACACCUCAAUUUCUUCAAAGUCCUAGUAACGACGGAGACAACGAAUUGUCAGCCACAUCAGAAACAACAAAGAAGUCUUGGGAUGAAAACAAAUCUGAAGAACCUUCAGAGGCUGCCUCCAGGGACACCACGGACAAGACGGUGCCUCCAGAUAUUACUCUUCAAGAAGACACGGAUAUCUCGGUGGUGGCAGAUAAGAACUCCAGUACAUUUGAGUUUCGGGAGUUUCCGAGGUACAUGUGCCCCCCUCCCUUAAUACCUGCGAAUAUUCUUUACAAUUCGGAAUGCAUAUGUCCCCAAAUGGCAAGUUACAUCCAUAACGGAGGAGCCUCCAUGCAAUAUCUAGGGGCACCUCAAAUGGAAGAGAAGAAACUGGACAGACAAAAAAAUUUGUUUUACAAGUUUUUUAGGAAUUUAGCAUCGAAUUUGACAACAAAAAAUAACGGAUAUGUUCCGGGAAAAUGCGAAUAUUAUACGAUGAACAUUAAAGAAUCUCGUAAUGAAAACAGUCCACCAAGACGAUUAGUAUUUGAGCUUGUUGGUGACGUCGCAAGACACGGUGGUUACAAACUAGACGACUUUACCGAGCCAUACGUCAAUCAAACGUUAAAAUUUUCGAAAGCGAAAGACCUAAAGAACUUUAAUAACGAACAACUGACAAAGGAAGCCCAGCAAAGCGAAGCUUUGCCAGCAUGCAGGGAAAGCGUCCAGUUUUUUGAUAAAUCUAGCAGGAAAUUCAACCAGACGGACAUUUAUGCCGACAAUAAUGGCGCCACACGAGUAGACGUCUAUUAUUUUGAUCGAGGAGAUUCUAAUUAUUUGAAAACCACAGACAGUCCUCCGGUUGUUCUCACAGAAAAUCUAGCCGAGAGAACGGAGGCCUACACUACAAGAUUUUGGGCGGAAAUAUUUGGAACUCUACAUAUAGGAGUCUCUUUUGGCAUAUCUUUCGUUCUUCAGUUAUUUAGAUUCUUCCUAUAUAGCCUUUUCAGGCCCCUGACCGUAGGAUUAGUGCAAUUGGGUACGGACUACUUCCUCAAGCCAUGUAUAGCGACAUUAUUUAAUGCCAUCGUUCAACCACCACUGAUUUUUCUCUACAACGUAUGUGCGUCUCUCAGAGACGUAUGCCGUCCCAUUGCAGAAGGUAUGGGAUACUUUUUGAAGGAGACAGCUACGGCUAUUAAAGCUUUUAGAAUAAUCGAUAUUAGGAGGGAGAAAAUUUCGGAUAGGGUUAGUAAUACCGAAAAGGAUAAAGUAGAAGAGAAAACCGAAAAAACUGAAUUAGUCGCUUAA